CUGAACGCACUACGCUGCAGACGCGAUAAAUUAAAAAAAAAACAAGCCCUCGCUUCCCGGCAUUUUUGACAAGUGACAGCGCGCCAUUUUGAAAAAAGUGUUUUUGUUUUUUUCUAAAAGUGUGUUUUUCUUGUGACAAGUGCUUGUGAAUGGUGCAAUCGAAAUAGGAAUUUUGCUAAGUUUGCCCGGAUGUAGACAAUACGGACCGCAGUGACGUACAUCGGAACCCAAAAUGGGGCACAAGCAGUUUCUGGCGUUGGGGCAGACGGCGCGGCGGCUGCUCGGCGUGCCCCCCGGCAAGGGGGACGUGCCCCUGAAUAUGCUUAUAUCGCAGCAGGGCAAAAUCAAUCAUGGACGUCUGGCUGUGAUUUUGUUCAGCAUAUGUACAGUCGUGCUCGGAAUUAUCUUAUCCUUCGUGCCGUGGUUGGACUACAUUAUAUUUAGGGAGCUGAGGCUGUGGAACGGUUCGUUGAGCUACUCCUACUGGCAGAAGCCCGGCGUUGUCCGCCUGACGAAGGUCUACAUCUUCAAUGUCACCAACCCCAGCGGCUUCCUCGAACACGGCGAGAAACCGAAACUGGUGGAGGUCGGCCCGUUUGUGUACAGAGAAGACAUGGAGAAGGUGAACAUCAAGUUCCAUGACAACGACACCAUUACGUACCAACACAACAAGAUUCUGCGAUUUGUGCCCGAACUGUCCGUCAAUAAGGACCAGAAGUUGACAGUGCCGAACAUUCCUCUACUGACAGUGACAUCUUUCUCUCCAAACCUAGCCGGACUCGUGGUGAGCGGGCUGGCGUCAGUGCUGUCGGUGGCGUACAAGAAGACAGCCGAACCUUUCGUCAAGGUCACCGCUGAACAGCUGGUUUUUGGGUACGACGACCCCCUAGUGACUCUGGCGCAUUACUUCUACCCCAAAGGGAAGAGGCCGAACAGUCAGAUGGGACUGUUGCUAGCGCGAAACGGGACCCUAGACGAAGUAUCCACGAUCUAUACUGGCCAGAAAUCCAUGUCGCGUUUCGGAUAUUUGGACAAGAUCAACGGCUUGGACCACCUGCCCCACUGGAAGGACAGCCCCUGCAAUGAUAUCAGGGCCUCAGAAGGAUCAUUCUUCCCCCCUCGGGCGGUGACCAAGUCGGACCUAGUCCAUGUGUACGACAAGGACAUCUGCCGCAUACUUCCCCUGCAGUACAGGCGAGAUGUCUACAAAGAUGGCAUCCAGACGGGUCUGUACACACCGCCCGCCUCCACGUUCGAGUCGGCUGACGUGAACCCGGACAACAAGUGUUACUGCCAGGGAGAGAAGUGUCCCCCGCGGGGCUUGCAGAACAUCAGCCCUUGCCAAUACAGCGCUCCUGUAUACCUCUCGUACCCGCACUUCUACGACGCAGAGCCAUCGCUUCUCGACAAAUUUGAGGGUCUGAAGCCAGUCCAGAAGACCCAUGAAACCUACUUCAUGAUUCAACCGAAACUCGGUGUGCCCUUAGAGGGCUUCGUGCGCGUACAACUGAACAUCAAAGUGAGCCGCGCGCCCAACAUCUACGUGAACAGCAUCAACAAGUUUCCCGACAUCAUCUUCCCCGUCAUGUGGAUCGAAGAGGGUAUCCACGAGGUAACCACCCCGAUCUGGCGAUGGAUCUACCUAGCCACCACAGUCGGCCCCAUCGCAGCCCCCCUACUCACCUACUCAAUGAUCGUCUUCGGCACCUUAACCAUCAUAGCCGUCUUCAUAAAAGCGUACAAAAGCUUCGUCAUCGGACAAAAUUCUAUAGAAAUUGUCGAGAUAGGCCGAGAGACUUUAAGGAGGGGUUCCAUGAUUCUUCAUAGCACGCAGAAGAUGUGCUUAAGAGAACCCCCAUAUAUCUUGUUGCCACAGACUAGUAUAGAUGGCGUUAGGGAGUUUAGUCAGAGUUUGGGUGAUGUAGGUAAGUCUGAUCUAGGUUUAGAAUGUGAGACUUUAAUUAGGUCUGACAAUAGUUUUAUAAUGUCUGAGAGAAGGUGUAGUUUAGGGUUUAGGUUACCAAACUUUUAGGUUAAGUUGAAUGUGUAAUGUAUAACAUUAACAUAAUAUACUAGGGUAUAUUUAACUAAAUUUUAUAUGAAUGAAAAGAACUUGAAUUUUUUUUUGUGUUUUUCUAAGUUUCAUUGCCAAUGUAGAUGC